UCCGUGCAGCCUGGAUCGGACACAGCGGUAACUGACGAAGCUGAAGAGGAGCCUCGGGAAGAAGAUGUAGCGGACGAAGACGCGGUGCCUGUGCCAACUAAAGGCUUGCAAAGGCAUCCGCUCACGGGACAGCAUCUUGCACUCGGCGCUCUGUCGUACCAGUGGGACGAAGACGAAGACGGUGAAACCGGCGAUUACGACAGUGAAGAGGAAGAAGCUAUGGCAUAUCUCCGUGCCGUCAGAUUGACAAGCUAACAAAGUUCUCUAGGUCCGAGCGACAAGCUAUGCCGACAGUCUUCGGUGCUGGCCACGAUAAUUUUGACAAAACACUCUACGACACUGUAGUGGACGACAGUAGAGGGUAUGUAUCUGGGGGCGCAUACAUCGGCCGUGCAAUGCCUGCAGCAGCAGAUCAACUGCACGAAAUCGAAUUGAAGGACCCCCAAACGUACUACGCCAAAGGCCUUAAGCGUCGCUUCCUUGAGCAGCGGCGGCAAAUGCAUCUCGCACCUGGUCUAGCUGCACUGGAGGAGCUCAAUGACAAGCACCCAAUCAGCUUGCCAUCAGGGAGUAACAAAGCCUACGCAGAAUGGGGCAGACUCCUGAAAACUACCGCACCGCUAGCCGUGCAAGUACGGAGCAUGGAACAAGCGACUGUGAGGCGGCUUUUGGAACUAACCGAUCGACUCUACCUGUUGCGUGGUAAGGAUAUCGAUACUGUCACAAGCACAUGGAUCUGGUCACUGCUUGCACGUCUGGAUGAUGUCGGCACUAUGGACAAUGACGAAGUGUGUGCUAUACGUGAUCUCGGUAAGAAGGCCGUGCUUGUUCAGCUCUCCUUUCGUGAUUCGGCUGCCGCCAAGCAAUUGGACGAUCUGGGCGCUCGUUCGAGUCCAGAAGCAUUCAAUCCGGCCGAAGUGAGCCUCGAGGAUGAAGAGGAUGAUGCUACAAAUGGCACACCUACUACCCCGUCCAACACGGCGAUUGGUAUUCCAGCAAAGCGGCAGAACACACUCGCUACGCUGGACAUGAUCAUAACCGUUGUUGGCGACGUCUUUGGCCAGCGAGACUUGCUCGAGUUCCGCCAGAAGUGGGAAGCCACUGUAGGCGCGAGUAAGUCUACUCUCUCAUAACGAACCGUCAAGUUCCGUGCCUUGUGCGCAUUUCCUGCAUGUAGAUACGACCGACGAUGCAUCGUGUGCUGCUCUAAGCCGCCUGUUGAUCGGAUACAGCGGCUAUGGUUUCAUCCCC